AGGGAAUGAAAAUUAUGAGUUCAACGUGGAAAGAGGAAAAAAUGUGUGAACAGGGAAUCUACCCCCGCUACUGGCCUGCGUCUCAUAGUGCAUCAGGAGAGAUGAAGAGGCAGCCGCUGGCCGAGUUGCGAGCAGAGCGCCUCCGGCAGGCCCUCCCUGGUCGGAAGCGGCGAGUGAGCCAAGCGGCGGGCACGGGCCGGCUCCCAGGAUGGCCAAGAUGGAGGCCCAGGGCCGCCUGUGGCUGGAGAGCCCCCCUGGGGGAGCGCCUCCCAUAUUCCUGCCCUUGGGUGGGCAAGCCCUGGUGCUGGGCCGGGGACCCUUGACGCAGGUUACCGACCGGAAGUGCUCCAGAAACCAAGUGGAGCUGGUCGCCGACCCUGAGACUCGGACGGUGGCAGUGAAACAGCUGGGAGUUAACCCCUCAACUGCCGGGACUCAGGAGCUGAGAACAGGGUUGGAGGGUUCUCUGGGGGUGGGGGACACGCUGUAUUUGGUCAAUGGCCUCCACCCGCUGACCCUGCGCUGGGAAGAGGCUCGCACGCCAGAAUCCCAGACAGACACUCCACCAGGCACCCCUCCUGUGGCCCCGAAGGAGGAGGAGGAGGAUGAACAGCAGAAAAAGCGGAUAAGGAAGUCAUCCCCUGGCUGGGAGAGCUUCCAGAAGCUGCUAGUGUUCACGGCACCUGGUGUGAAGCCCCGGGGCAAGGUGGCCGGUUUUGAUCUGGAUGGGACCCUCAUCACCACACGUUCUGGGAAGGUCUUUCCCACUGGCCCCAGUGACUGGAGGAUCUUGUACCGAGAGAUUCCGCAGAAGCUCUGGGAACUGGCCGCCGAGGGUUACAAGCUGGUGAUCUUCACCAACCAGAUGGGCAUUGGGCGCGGGAAGCUGCCAGCGGAGGAGUUCAAGUCCAAGGUGGAGGCUGUGGUGGAGAAGCUGGCGGUCCCCUUUCAGGUCCUGGUGGCCACGCACGCAGGCUUGUACCGGAAGCCGGUGGUCGGCAUGUGGGACCACCUGCAGGAGCAGGCCAACGAGGGCGUGCCCAUCUCCAUCGGGGACAGCGUCUUUGUGGGAGAUGCAGCUGGACGCCCAGCCAACUGGGCCCCUGGGCGCAAGAAGAAAGACUUCUCUUGCGCUGACCGCCUGUUUGCCCUCAACCUGGGCCUGCCCUUCGCCACGCCGGAGGAGUUCUUUCUGAAAUGGCCCAUGGCCCGCUUCGAGCUCCCAGCCUUUGACCCGAGGACCGUCUCCUGCUCUGGGCCUCUCUGCCUCCCUGAGUCCAGCUCCCUCUUAAGCUCAGACCCCGAGGUGGUUGUCGCCGUGGGAUUUCCUGGGGCUGGGAAGUCCACCUUCCUCCGGGCGCAUCUCGUGUCGGCCGGAUACGUCCAUGUGAACAGGGACACAUUGGGCUCGUGGCAGCGCUGCGUGACCAUGUGCGAGGCGGCUCUGAAGCAAAGGAAACGGGUCGUGAUUGACAACACGAACCCGGACGUCCAGAGCCGGGCCAGGUACCAGAAUCCCAGGGGCGGCCUCUGUAGGGUGGGCCCUGGGCCCUUUGCCAGCCCCCCACUUCCCCGGCCCCCACAGGUACAUCAAGUGUGCCCGAGACGCAGGCGUCCCCUGCCGCUGCUUCCUCUUCAGCGCCACCCUGGAGCAGGCGCGCCACAACAACCGGUUCCGGGACAUGACGGACUCCUCUCACGUCCCCGUGACCGACGUCGUCAUUUACGGCUACAGGAAGCAGCUCGAGGCCCCCACGCUGGCCGAAGGCUUCGCCGCCGUCCUGGAGAUCCCGUUCCGGCUCCACGUGGCGCCGCAGCUCGAGCGGCUGUACCGCCAGUUCUCAGAGGGCUGAGCCGACGCCCACCCCCCACCUGCUCUCCACCCCACAAUAAAUGCUGUUUUUCUUCAUGUUUGACCAGCAUUUUGCUCCCAGCCGGGCUAGGAGCACAGACCCACCGGCCAGGUCUCCCAGGAAGGCACUGCUGGGAACUCUGCCUCAAGCUAAACGCUCAGCCCCCCUUGGGGCCAACUACCUCUUGCGGACGCGGGGUUCGGCUUCUCCAGGCUGCAGCUGCUGGUGCUCCGGACGGGCACCAGGGCAUCCAGGCUGGCAGGGCCCGAGUGGAGUUCGCUGCACGCAGCUGCCCGCUGCAGAGCAAGCCCAGAGUUUUAGCAAGGCGUGACCCGAGGCCAAGAGUUGGAGCUCAGAUUCCGUGAGAAGUGAGGUGCUCUGCACGCUGGACUUGAACCCCGGGGCUAUGGCCUGGCCUGGCCCUGCAGCAGCGAGGGGCGCUGAGAGCCCGGCCGGGCCUGCGGCACGCCACCAAUACCACAGGACUGGAACCGGCCUGGCACUGCCUUAUGUUUGCUUCCAGCUAAGUGAGGCUUGUGGAACCCUCAGGGCAAGGAGGGCAGCCUGGCAACGCCAGGAGUCGGGGGGGCUGGACCCCAGGAGCAGCUGGCCAGCUGUGGAAAGACCCUGGAAGACACAGCCCAGCAAGCACC